CCGGCGUAGUCGUGGACCCACUGUCCUACCUCGACAGAAGCAUUUGCGCCGACAUCGCCUCCAUGCCGUCGUAGGUCAACUUCUUUCCUAGCGACCUUCUCCGCGCGUUCAUCAGUUCCCCUACACCGCGCAUGGGAUGAGACGAGGACGACGUCGACGUCUGGCGCGCCCAUGGUGAUUGCCGCCGCCGCCGGAGGAUCGGUGGCGGAAGGUGGUCAGGACGGCGGCGGGGGCGUCGCCGUUGACGCGCAUCAUGUGGUGGUCGACGUCGCCGACAGCCGUGAUGAUGAGCGGCACCGGCCGCCGCCGCCGAGCACGGAGUGCAGGAUCUGCCACCUCGGCGGCGGCGAGCUGCCGGCGGAGAGCGGGAGCCCGAGCGGGCGGCUGGUCAGGCUCGGCUGCGGCUGCCGCGGCGAGCUGGCGGCGGCGCACCGGCGUUGCGCCGAGGCGUGGUUCUCCGUCAGGGGCAACAGGCGCUGCGAGAUCUGCAGCGAGAACGCGGAGAACAUCACCGGCGGCUGGGGCGGCGGAGGCAAGGAGUUCAUGCAGCGGUGGCACGCGGCGGCGGCGGGCAUGGACGCCGGCCAGGGCUCGCCGUCAUCCAAGGCGUGCAGCGGCUUCUGCAAGGGCCAGUCAUUCUGCAAUCUGUUCAUUGCGUGCUUGAUCAUUGUGUUCAUCUUGCCAUGGUUGCUGCUCCAUAACCAUCUUCUUUGAGACCAAUUUCAUGUGAAGGCAAUUUGGCGAGCGAAAAUUCAUGUGAAGGCUUGUUGCGAUCAAUUCAUUUGAUAUGGCUAUUGUAGAUAAAACCUUUAGUUUUUAUAAAGUUACUUCUUUUUUUUUCCUAUUUAGCAUUUUUAACGGGCCAGUAAAUUACUAGUAGUGUAUACUACUGGAAACAAAGAAACAACAUCGCCCGAGCAGCGUUCACCACAGACGAUGUUUUGUAGAAUAUUUGAUUUUAAAAUAAUGCACUUUUGCCAUAUAUGCAGGAAUAUAU